UUCUUAAUAAUGAGUCAGAAGCCCUUCAACACUGCAUAUAAAUCAACAUGAGUUGGAUAUGAUCCAUUAACGCUUAAUGCAUGAACUGCACAGACCUCUCAGAGGUUAGACUGGGGUGGCAUGCUGGGGUGCUUCCGGGGUGGCAGCAGUGCUCUUGUGCCCCCCAUGUGACCACGGUGCGAAUUUGUUCUGGCCUGUUUAACCCUGUUUCAUUAAAAAUCCGUGGCUCGCUUGGCAUUCAGAAGCGUUUGGUCACACUGGAUCCAAUGUUUUCCUCCACCCAGUUCUUGGACUCGGAGAUGGGCGUGGCUAAACGUCUGUCCAUUCGGAAUGGAACAGGGCGGGGGCUUUGCGCAUGCGCGCUGCGCUCUUUCUGUCCUUCUUGGCGCAUCAGCGGAGAAAAGGAGAGCAGAUAGACAUUCUUCUUUCUUUCCCUGUGAUUUCUCUCUUUCUCUUUUUGCGCUUCGGCUCGAUCGUCUCCGACUUCCGUCGCACAGCACGGCCUGAUUUCCUCUCCUUGAAAAGCGUUGGAGAAUUUUUUUUAAAUUUUUGACAUCUAUUUCAGCCAUAACGGUUCAUCCAAAAGAGGGUGAAGAUGUCCGGAUAUCAGGGCAAGAAGAACAUCCCUCGCAUCACUAGUGAGCGCUUGCUCAUUAAAGGAGCGAAGAUUGUGAACGAUGACCAGUCCUUCUCCGCAGACAUCUACAUGGAGGAUGGACUCAUCAAGCAGAUUGGGGAGAACCUGAUUGUCCCAGGUGGGGUGAAGACGAUCGAUGCCCACGGCCGCAUGGUGAUGCCGGGUGGCAUCGAUGUCCACACUCGCUUCCAGAUGCCUGACCGAGGCAUGACGGCAGCCGACGACUUUUAUCAGGGCACCCGCGCGGCAGUGUCAGGAGGAACCACCAUGAUCAUUGACCACGUGGUUCCCGAGCCCGGUACCGGUCUGAUAGCGGCGUUUAAUCAGUGGCGUCAGUGGGCCGACAGCAAGUCGUGCUGCGAUUACUCGCUCCACGUCGACAUCACCGAGUGGCACAAAGGCAUCCAGGAGGAAAUGGAGACGCUCGUCAAGGACCAUGGUAUUAACUCUUUCCUGGUCUACCUGGCUUACAAGGACAUCUUCCAGCUGACCGACUCUCAGAUCUACGAGGUGUUCAGCGUGAUCCGGGACCUCGGCGCCAUCGCACAGGUCCACGCUGAGAACGGAGACAUCAUCGCGGAGGAGCAGCGUAGAAUCCUGGAGUUGGGAAUCACCGGACCGGAGGGACACGUUCUGAGCCGUCCAGAGGAGGUGGAGGCCGAGGCGGUGAACCGCUCCAUCACGGUGGCCAAUCAGACCAAUUGUCCUCUUUACAUCACCAAGGUGAUGAGCAAGAGCGCAGCUGAUGUCAUCGCCCAGGCCAGGAAGAAAGGCACCGUGGUAUACGGGGAGCCAAUCACGGCCAGUCUUGGCACAGACGGCUCGCACUAUUGGAGCAAAAACUGGGCCAAAGCUGCAGCAUAUGUGACCUCGCCACCCCUGAGUCCGGAUCCCACUACACCCGACUAUCUCAACUCCCUGCUGUCAUGUGGCGACCUCCAGGUGACAGGAAGUGCCCACUGCACCUUCAACACCGCGCAGAGAGCCGUUGGGAAAGACGACUUCACCCUCAUCCCUGAGGGGACCAACGGCACAGAGGAGAGGAUGUCCAUCAUCUGGGACAAAUGUGUGGUGUCUGGGAAGAUGGAUGAGAACCAGUUUGUGGCCGUGACCAGCACAAACGCAGCUAAGAUCUUCAACCUGUACCCCCGUAAGGGCCGCAUCGCCGUGGGAUCAGACGCUGACCUGGUGCUCUGGGACCCCGACAUCACCAAGAUCAUCUCGGCCAAGAGCCACAAUCUGGCGGUGGAGUACAACAUCUUCGAGGGCAUGGAGGUGCGUGGAGCUCCGCUGGUGGUCAUUAGCCAGGGAAAGAUUGUUCUAGAGGACGGAACCCUGCACACCACUGAGGGCUCAGGACGCUACGUGACCCGAAAACCAUUCCCUGACUACGUCUACAAGAGGAUAAAAGCCCGCAGCAGGCUUGCUGAGUUGAGGGGCGUUCCUCGUGGCCUGUACGACGGCCCGGUGUGUGAAGUUACCGUGACUCCCAAGGCUGUUACCCCUGCUUCUUCAGCCAAAACAUCUCCAGCCAAACAGCAAGGUCAGCCUGUCAGGAACCUGCACCAGUCUGGCUUCAGCCUCUCUGGUGCUCAGAUUGACGAUAACGUUCCACGUCGCAGCACUCAGCGCAUCGUGGCACCCCCUGGUGGCAGGGCUAACAUCACCAGCCUGGGUUAGAGCUCUCAGCUCCCUGCAGGAGAUCAGGGGGUUGGGGGGUGUUUACAAGUGGAGGUGUUUCCGAUACCAACGCUAGGUCCAGAGUCGAGACUCUCCACUCCUGAAACCCACUAACCCUCCUUUAAUCUCAUAGUCCCCUACUUUUACCCCGUUUUCCCUCCUUGCCCCAAAUCCCUAAACCCUCUCCUUUAGGAGAAAUUUAACGAAAAAAAAAAAGAAGUAUUUGCCUCAUGUGAAGAUAAAAGUAAAAUAAUUAACACUCCAUAUUUGAGCACCUUGAUUGUAUGAUUUAGCAUUUUUUAUACUGUAUUUUUUACCUAUCGUGUGCCAUUUUAUAGAUCUUUUUUUUUUCUUUCCUUUAUUUAACACCUUUUUUUAAUUGGAGGGGUCCAGAUAAUAGGCUAAGCGGUUAUUGUUUACCAUUAAAACUUUAUUUAACAAGGUGAGUGGCAUAUAGAGUCCUAGCUUUGAGCACGUUCCAGUGGCAUAACGUUGUUUUUCCGUCAUUGUAGGGUUUUAAUAUCAUUUAGGAUUGUUAAUAUUCAUUGCGUAAUCGGCGACACGUUAAAACUAAAGGCCGUUCAUUUUUGUCGCACGCGAGCGCUAACUCGUAAACGUCGGCUUUUAGGCCAGAAAUUGAUCCAACUUAAAGUGCACCUAUUGUGGUUUUGAAACGUGCCUAAUUUUGUUUUAAAGCUCUCAUACGAUCGAUUUACGUACAUCCGAGGUCAAAAAAACUGCAGCGUUACCGUUUUUCCCCCCAGUGUCACAAACGACUCGUUAAAUGAUUCGUUCUAAAGGAUUCGUUCUAAAGUUCUCCUUUCAGAGAGCAUACUCUGCUCUGAUUGGUCAGACGUCCCUGUCUGUCGUGAUUGGUCUACCGCUGUCAGCGAGCAGACGAUGAAGAUCAGAGGCGGGGGUUUUUUUGUUACGAACCUACGUAGGUUAGUACAGGAAGUAAAGUCUGGAAUCACUAACGAGUCGUUUCGGCCGUUCAGAAUCGGUUCCUUCUUUCGGGAGUCGAUAACUCCGUUUGUCGUGCGCUUUGAUUUUUGAAACUUUACAGACUUUUUACAUUCGCAAACAGCUACGUAUAGAACACGCUACAUGAAAGGGAAUAUCUGAAAAAACCAUCGUAGGUGCACUUUAAGUGUAUUCGUUUGGCGUAAAUGAAAAACAUCAGGACACAAUUCAAGCGAUUUGGCCACCCGAUCUGAAGAAAUCAAAUCCAUACGAGGAAGCAGCUUUAAUGCUUCGAAGUUAGUUUUGUGAUUGGUAGUUGAGGAAUUGUGCACUGUUUAGUCAUUUUAAAAGGUGAGCUGUGUGGAAAUCGGCACCCCGUGUGAGGACUUUUCUGGCUCGUUUUAAUUCACCGAGAUGCAGAUGGGAAAUUGCAGAGACGAACGUCCUUUUUUUUUUUUUUUUU